UGUCAAUGCGCCAGAGCUCUAUCAGUGAGAGGGAGGUCGUCACAUCUGCGAGCCAGGUUUCGGCAGUGCUAUAUAAAAGCGCCUCCUCAAUUUCGAUUUUACAGAAAGACAAACUCUUGUGAUCAGCAUCAUGAAUACCUCGACUGUCGUCCUCCUCUGCCUGCUCGCAGCGGCCGCGUUCGCGGCACCACCGGCGAGACAAUCGAAGGACGAGCCAAUCCCGAUCCUGGCCUACAAUUUCGACGGGCCGCAUCCGAACGGUUUGUACAGCUACAGCUACUCCACGGGCAACGGCAUACAGGCGCAGGAGCAGGGUCAGCUGGCGAAGAUCGCCGCCGACGAGGACGCUCUCCGCGCUCAAGGCUCCUUCAGCUACGUCGACGCCGACGGCAAUUCCUUCGGCCUGAACUACGUCGCUGACGAGAACGGCUUCCAGCCGAAGGGUGACCACCUGCCGACACCGCCUCCGGUGCCUGCCGCCAUCCUGAAGGCUCUGGAGUACAUCGCCGCGCACCCCGAGGAGGACAACCUGUGAAAGUGAACCGCCACGCGGCGUAUCGUUCGGACUGAGAUCGUGUCGAAUCAAUCGGAGAAGUUCGACCUUUCAGCUCAAUUUGGCUCGAUUACGCUGGACAAACACGAAUUAUUCAUCAACCAAACAGUCGCCAUCGUUAUCUGUGAUCCCCUGUCAAUAUUCCGCCGGCGAAACAUUAUCAACAUUGUCUUUUUAUACCAGUAUUGAGCAGUAAUCGAUUAAAACUUUGCUUGAUUAUUAAAUAAUUAGUAAAUCGAUCAUCAAUCAUCACGUAUGCAAUCACAAAUAAUUUGAUUGGUGAAAUUAUAAUUAUUGAUCAGUGUAGAAUCAAUCAGAUCAGAGUUUGAUUAACAAUUAAUUUCAUCAGUUUCGUUUAUGUUAUUCACAAUUUUAUAUACGAAGGUUGAUUGAUCUUGACUAUUAAUUUCGAUUACCUUAGUCAACUAAAAUUGCAAUUUAACAUUUGUAAAACUAACGUCUUGAUCGAUUAACGCUCAGUACUGGUUUAUAUCGUCUGGUAGGUCCAUCGAAAAUCGAGGCGAACUUUUGGAUUGACCUGAUAUCGACGAUCGUUAGUACAAACAAAUCAUGAGAAAAAGAGAGAGAUUUCUGUGACGAUUAAAUGGAUACGACGCGCGAAAAAUACGAAGGGUAAGGUACAACUUAUUCAGACGAGGGACUCGAGAGCCAAAAGAGAAAAGAAGAGAAUCGCCGCGGCUCUGAAUGUCAUUAGGUUUCUUUCAUCUUCUUGAAGACCCCACUUGAAGAUUCGAUAUCCUUAGUCUAUCGAUAUCAGUAACGCACACACACACACAUACACACACACACACACACACACACACACACACAAUGCGCGCGCGUGCUGCCAGUUCCGUAAUUCCAAACGAGAAUUUAAUCUCACCGAGAUUACGACGUCGGGAGAUUUUAUACUCUUGCGUCUGCAAGUUCCACAAACUCGCAUGAUUCGAGGCUGAAGCUCGCUCGUUGCGCGCGAGGGAGACAGCGACAGAAGGCGGGAGAGACAGUGCGACGUUCCACGGGUGGCGGCUCCGAGUUAGCACAGUCAAUUAGUACCUACUGUGUUAAUUAAGGAGAGCCUCGUGGCGCAUGUAUUAUGUAUAGAGCCGGUGCGACGGCAACGUUUAUAUUAAACGCUGCUGAACUCGACGAAAUAAAUUUCGACCGUGUGCGCUCAGUCAGUCACGCGCGCUCCUUCUACGAUGAAAAUUUACCUGACCGUCGAGCCGUAAACACAUCACGGAUGUCCCGUUCAUUAAAACGUAUCAAAUCGCUCGUGAUUUGAAUACGUCGCGAAGCGGCACCACGGACGGACGAACGAGCGAGCUCGCGCGAUUAUACGAAUAACGCGAGAGGCCAUAUUUAACGAACAUCACGUGUAGAUGACGCAAUAAUGGUCGCGGGACACGAUGAAAUGGCAUGACAUUGGCCCAAAUUGCUGCCGCUAACGAGCGUUUUGAAUUCCCUCGCGAGUAAGCUCCCUUCGAAAACCCGACUCUGUAUUUUUCAGCUGUGUAUAUAUAUUUUUUUUAAUUCUCUG